UAUUGGUGGCGUUAGCUGGAUACGGUCAUACUGUCAUAAGAAGAAAAAAAAGUUAAUUUCGCGCUCAUAUUGUUAUUUUUCUUCGCUAUUUGUCGUAACCGAGCGUGUGAAUGACUGAAGAGGACGACGAUGUGGCCCAAAGGGUGGCGACGGCGCCCGUCCGCAAGCCGGACGACGAGACGGCCUUCUUGGAGUACAUCGAAAUGGAGAAUUUCAAGUCCUACCGCGGUCACAUAGUUGUGGGUCCACUGAAGCAAUUCAACGCGGUUAUUGGACCCAACGGAUCCGGCAAGUCCAACUUCAUGGAUGCCAUCAGUUUCGUGAUGGGCGAGAAGACCAGCAGUUUGCGAGUGAAGCGCCUCAACGACCUGAUCCACGGCUCUUCCAUUGGAAAGCCCAUUUCCCGCAGUUGCUAUGUGACGGCCAAGUUUGUGCUCAAUCAGGAUAGCCACAUGGACUUCCAGCGGGCCGUUAUCGGCGGCUCCUCGGAAUACCGCAUCAACGGAGAGAGCGUAUCGAGCAGCACAUACUUGAACAAGCUAGAGAAAAUUGGCAUCAAUGUAAAGGCCAAGAACUUCUUAGUAUUCCAAGGAGCUGUUGAGAACAUAGCCAUGAAGACACCCAAGGAACGUACCGCUCUGUUUGAGGAAAUUAGCGGUUCUGGCUUGCUUAAGGAUGACUAUAAUCGCCUCAAGCAGGAAAUGAUUGUGGCCGAGGAGGAGACGCAGUUUACUUACCAAAAGAAGAAGGGCAUCGCGGCGGAACGAAAAGAGGCCAAACACGAAAAGAUGGAAGCCGAUCGCUACACUCGUCUGCAAAACGAAUACAAUGAGAAGCAAGUGGAGUAUCAACUGUUUAGGCUAUUUCACGUGGAGAGGGACGUCCGGAAGUAUACGAGCGAUUUGGAGGUGAGGCAGCAGGAAGUUAAAGUAGUCGAACAGCGAAAAGAAGCCGCCGAUGAAAUCUUGCGGGAAAAGAAAAAGGAUGCCGGAAAAAUAACCCGAGACCUGGCCAAAAUCGAUCAGGAAAUCAGAGAGUUUGAAACGCAGAUGAACAAACGCAGGCCGCUUUACAUCAAGGCCAAAGAGAAAGUUACCCACUGCAAGAAGAAGCUCGUUUCUCUACAAAAGACUUUGGAAACUGCCAGGGAGGCGGACAAUGCCCAUCAGUCGGACAUACGGAAACUGGAGAAGCAGUUGGCUGAUGUGGAGGCCCUGAAAAAACGUUUUGAGGACGAGAUCGAGAACGAGUCGCAGCGCCGGGGCAAAAGCGUCAACAUGGAAGAGGGCCUUGUGCAAGAGUACGAUCGCCUCAAGCAGGAGGCGGAGGCUACAGCUACCCAGUACCGUUCAGAGCUGGACUCAGUUAACCGGGAGCAAAAAUCCGAACAGGACACGCUAGAUGGGGAGACUAAUCGUCGCGCCUCCGUGGAGGAGUCUUUCAAAAAGCUCACAUUACAGCGCGAGGAAGCUGUUAAGCGUCGAGACAAACUGAUGGAUCACAUCAAGUCAUCCCAGGCCGCCUUGGAGGAGCAGAACCGGAUCAAGGACGAGCUUCGCCGAGAUGUUGGCACAUCCAAGGAAAAGAUUGCCGAAAAGCAACGCGAGCUGGAGGACGUACGCGAUCAACUGGGCGAUGCCAAGAGCGACAAGCACGAGGAUGCUCGUAGGAAAAAGAAGCAGGAGGUGGUGGAGCUCUUUAAGAAACAGGUACCAGGAGUGUACGACCGUAUGAUUAACAUGUGUCAGCCCACGCACAAGCGCUACAAUGUGGCGGUCACCAAAGUUUUGGGCAAGUUCAUGGAAGCCAUCAUUGUGGACACCGAGAAGACGGCUCGUCACUGCAUUCAGAUCUUGAAGGAGCAAAUGCUGGAAGUGGAAACCUUCUUGCCUUUGGACUAUCUGCAAGUUAAGCCUCUGAAGGAACGUCUUCGUAACAUCAGCGAUCCACGUAACGUGCGGUUGGUUUUCGAUGUACUAAAGUUUGAGCCUCAAGAGAUCGAACGAGCGGUUCUCUUCGCCACAGGCAACGCUCUUGUCUGUGAGACUCCCGAGGACGCAAUGAAAGUGGCCUAUGAGAUAGACCGAUCACGUUUCGAUGCUCUGGCUCUGGACGGAACAUUCUACCAGAAAUCGGGUCUCAUAUCUGGCGGCAGUCACGAUCUGGCUCGCAAAGCCAAGCGUUGGGACGAGAAGCACAUGGCUCAGCUGAAAAUGCAGAAAGAGCGCCUCCAGGAAGAGCUCAAGGAGCUGGUGAAGAAGUCACGUAAGCAGAGUGAGCUCGCCACUGUGGAGUCGCAGAUUAAGGGUCUGGAAAACAGGCUUAAAUACAGUAUGGUCGAUUUGGAGUCCUCCAAGAAGUCAAUUAGCCAGUAUGACAAUCAGUUACAACAGGUCCAAACCCAGCUGGAUGAUUUUGGACCCAAGAUCCUUGAGAUCGAGCGUCGGAUGCAAAACCGCGAAGAGCACAUCCAGGAAAUCAAAGAAAACAUGAACAAUGUGGAGGACAAAGUGUAUGCCUCCUUCUGCCGCCGCUUGGGCGUGAAGAACAUCCGGCAGUACGAGGAGCGUGAACUGGUCAUGCAGCAGGAGCGAGCGCGUAAGCGGGCCGAGUUCGAGCAGCAGAUAGAUUCCAUUAACUCGCAGCUGGACUUCGAGAAACAAAAGGACACGAAGAAGAACGUUGAGCGGUGGGAGCGCAGCGUACAGGAUGAGGAAGAUGCCCUAGAGGGCCUCAAAUUAGCUGAGGCGCGCUAUCUGAAGGAAAUCGACGAAGACAAGGAGAAAAUGGAAAAGUUCAAGCAGGACAAGCUGGCCAAAAAGCAAGCCGUGGAUGACAUGGAGGAGGACAUAUCUAAAGCCCGCAAGGAUGUGGCAAACUUGGCCAAGGAAAUCCAUAACGUGGGCAGUCAUUUAUCUUCGGUAGAGUCUAAGAUCGAGGCCAAGAAAAACGAGCGACAGAACAUAUUGUUGCAAGCAAAGACCGAUUGCAUCGUGGUGCCACUGUUGCGCGGCUCGCUGGACGACGCGGUGCGACAAAGCGAUCCGGAUGUCCCAUCCACCUCUGCAGCAAUAGAAAAUAUUAUUGAAGUGGAUUAUACAUCUCUACCACGAGAGUAUACGAAGCUGAAGGAUGACUCCGCCUUUAAGAAGACCCACGAAUUGCUUCAAAAGGACCUGCAAAGCAAGCUGGACGUCUUGGAGCGCAUACAGACGCCCAACAUGAAGGCCUUGCAGAAACUCGAUGCCGUGACGGAAAAAGUGCAAUCCACCAAUGAGGAGUUUGAGAACGCGCGAAAGAAAGCAAAGAAGGCCAAGGCGGCAUUUGAACGGGUGAAGAACGAACGCUCCUCUCGCUUUGUUGCCUGUUGCCAGCACAUAUCCGACGCCAUUGACGGUAUCUACAAGAAGUUGGCUCGCAACGAGGCAGCCCAGGCCUAUAUCAGUCCUGAUAAUCCCGAAGAACCAUAUCUGGAUGGUAUUAACUACAAUUGUGUAGCGCCCGGCAAACGUUUCCAACCCAUGAAUAACUUGAGUGGUGGCGAAAAAACAAUCGCGGCCUUGGCCCUGCUUUUCUCCACCCACAGCUUUCAUCCAGCGCCGUUCUUUGUUCUCGACGAGAUUGAUGCCGCCUUGGACAACACAAAUAUUGGCAAAGUCGCUUCGUAUAUAAGGGAUCACACAACCAACCUGCAGACCAUCGUCAUCUCCUUGAAGGAAGAGUUCUAUGGUCAUGCGGAUGCUCUCGUGGGCAUUACACCUGGGGAAGGUGAUUGUCUCGUAUCCAAUGUUUACAUCAUGGACUUGACAAUGUUCGAGGACACGUAAAGAUCAAAUGUCGGAUGUAUUAUAAGUAUUAGAUGUAAGUUUAAAGUAAAUCUCGAGAUUUCCAAUUAAUAAAGCCAGUAAAUGUGUAGACCUA